AUGCGAUCAUCGACUGUCCGACCAAUCAUCUCCUCCCUCUCUCAUAUACGUCCUAAUGCUCAACCUCGGUGUAUUCCAACUCUAUCGCAACGAUCCGACCUCGCCAAGAUCCAGACUUACAUACAUAAACGAUCAUUCCAGAACAUCCUCUCUCCUUCUCCAGACUCAGAUGACAAGCCGAACCUAGCUAUCAACAAGCUCACCCCUAGGGGAUUCAUCUUGUCGGAUAAUCUGGUAAUUCCAGGAGGAUGUAUAUUUCAUAGUGGACGUGCGGUCCUAUGGGAUGUAGAUCCGCCUUUGACCCAUGAAGCAACGCUAGAUUCAAUGUGGAAGGGAUGGGAGAAAGAGAGGUUUAGGGUUUUUGAACUGGUUGUUCCUAGGCCUGAGAUACUACUAUUCGGUACGGGCAAAACUGCCAUCCCAGCACCUAAACCGAUAAGAGAUUACAUAUCAAGUUUGGGUAUACAGCUGGAUGUGAUGGAUACGCGUAAUGCAGCUUCGACGUAUAAUCUCCUAGCUGAAGAAGGAAGGACGGUAGCUGCUGCGCUGUGUCCAUUGGAACCUAUCGAUCCUAGAACGGGUGGGCCAAGGUAG